GGAUGUCGCCCUUCGUUCGCCUUUUUCUAGUUUCUCCCCCUUCCCCUUCUCCCCCACUCCCCCACUCCCCCACCGGCCGCCAUGAAGUACAACCCUAGGGUUUCCAGUUCCCGCCGCAAGAGCCGCAAGGCUCAUUUUUCUGCGCCGUCGAGCGUUCGUCGGGUUAUUAUGAGUGCUCCUCUCUCGAAUGACCUCCGGUCAAAGUACAAUGUCCGAUCCAUGCCGAUUAGGAAGGAUGAUGAGGUCCAAGUUGUUCGUGGAACUUACAAGGGCCGGGAAGGCAAGGUAGUGCAGGUGUACCGUAGAAAGUGGGUCAUCCACAUUGAGCGAAUCACUCGUGAGAAGGUUAAUGGAUCCACUGUUAAUGUCGGUAUCAACCCCUCGAAGGUCGUGAUUACAAAGCUCAGGCUGGACAAGGACCGCAAGUCACUUCUGGAUCGUAAAGGUAAGGGCCGUGCUGCCGCUGACAAGGACAAGGGGACCAAGUUCUCCGCAGAGGAUAUCAUGCAGAGCGUCGAUUAAUUUUGAAAAUGGUGAUGUUUAAGUUGAUAGACUGUUCUCAUUCAUAGUUAUCUAGCGAGUUUUUGAUUAAGACAUUAGGAAAAAUUUCCUCGGACAUGUGGCUACGAUUGUCUACUUUGGAGGCCUUGAUUUAUGGUAUUUUGAAAUCACAUUUUGUCAUUUCAAUGCGCUACUCUUUAUUCUUGGUUAUUACUGUUGCUACA